AUGAAAGGAUAUGAAUUUUUAAGACUGAUAUAAGAGAUUGGAGUUAUACUUAAUUUAUCAACUCCAACAAUCAGUCAUGUGAUUACUAUUUAUAAAAGGUAUAAGAUUAAUAUUAAUAAUAAUGAUUAGAUUCACAUUAAGUAACAAAAGACAAUUUAAAAAAGAAAUGGUGAUUACAGCAUGUUUCUAUUUAGUAAGUAAGAUAGUUGAAGAUAUGAAAAGAAUUAGAGAUAUAUUAGUUAGUAAGUAAUUCAUAUUAAAAAGUAAGUAAUUUGUGUUGUUAAUAAAAUGUAUACAUUGGCAAAUUAAGAGAGAAAAUAGAAAUUAUAAGCUAAUAAUUAGGUUGAUUAUGAUGAAGAUCCUAUUAAAUAUUUAGGCAUAGAAUAAUAUGAGAAUUACAAUAUUGAAUUUUUUGAUAAAUUUGUACCAUUAUUUAAUAAUGAAUAAUAUGCAGAAUGGAAAAGAGAAGUAUUAGAAGCAGAAUAGCAUAUUUUAAGAAUAAUAAAUUAUGAUUUAAAAAAUGAGACAUUAGAUAGCUAUUAAUUAUUAUUGAACUAUUUAAAGGUAAUAUAUUAAAGAGUCUACUUUUUUUUUAGAUCUUUUAAUUUGAAUAAGGAUUAAGAUAGAUGAUAUUUGAUAUAUUUUAGGAUACAUUCUUUGUUGAUUUUUAGACUGAUAUGGUAAUGAUAUUUAAUAAUUUUUAGACUUAAGUAGAUUGCGUAAAAGGUUCAAUAUAUUUGGGAAUUUAAUUUUUUAGAAUGCAUGCAGUAGAUAAAUAGAAAUUGUUGAAAUUAAAAGAAGAAUUUUGUUCUUAAAAAUGGUGGGAAGAAUUUAUGUAAAUCUCAUAUAAAUAACUAUUAUUAUUUCAAAUUGACAUGUUACAAUAUUACAAUGCUUAAGAUUUUGUAUAAGUAUGA